CGCAAAAACCAUGGGUUCUUGACUAACCACCCACCCAGUGAUGGGAAGAUCUUCCCAUCGAUGGGUAAGCGGUCCCUUAGCCAAACCAAUUUCCAGAACCAUGCCAAACAGCGAUGGGAAGUUCUACCCAUCGUUGUUCAAGCCUUGGUGCAAAAUUAUCACAAGGCAGAACAACCUUGCCCAGCGAUGGGAAACCUAUCCCAUCGAUGGGAACCCAGGGAUGGACAUUGGAGUUGAGGACGAGGCGAUUCACAUAUCUUCCACCUCUGACGCGAUGGAGGAGGACGAGGUCAUCGUCAUCCACAGCGAUGACGAUGAUGCCGAUGUUGCCCCGGUCAGAGACAAGAACGUGGUUAUCGUCCUUGAAUCUGAAGAAGAUUCUCUUAUUGGUAGCGAGGAAGAUGGCAGUUUUGAGGAUGUAGAGGGAAAGUUUUUGGACAGCGAUGUUGACCUAGCAACAGCGCUGUCAGGCCAAACUUCCAUCUUCAAGUCAGACCAAAACAACGAUGUUCAAGUUUUGAACAUCGAUGACGAGUUUGAUGCUGAGGACAUCAAGAAGGUUGAAAACUACGCGAAAGCUAUCAACAUGCUUUAUUGUGCGGUCAACCCCGAUGACUACCGGAAAAUCUCCUGCUGCACAACCGCCAAGGAGAUGUGGGACAAGCUUGAAGUGACGUACAAAGGUACCGAUCAAGUUCGUGAAGCCAAGAUCGAUUUUCUCACCCAAGAGUACGAAAUGUUCCGAAUGAAAGAAGGUGAGAAAAUUGAUGACAUGUUCGACCGGUUCUCAAAGAUCAUAAACGACCUUCAUGCUCUCAAAAAGACUUACGCCAACAAGGAUCUCGUGAGGAAAAUCCUGCGGAGUCUCACACCCGAAUGGAGGUCAAAAGUCGAUGCAAUCUACAAGUCCAUCAGAGUCUCCAAUGUCACCAUCGACGGACUAAGAGGUAACCUCAAAACUUAUGAAUCUACUAUUCUAACGCCGUCUUUGGAUGAACAAAAGAAGAAAGGAAUAGCGCUCAAAGCAACCAAGGAGACCGUAGAGGAGGCUUCAAGCGAUGAUGACAACGAAUUUGGACUUGUCAUCAAAAAGUUCCACAAGUUCAUGAAGAAGGAAUUUGAGCGGAAGGGAAGGAAGCACGACGGUCCUCCCAAGUGCUACGGCUGUGGCGAGAUUGGCCACAUCAAGCCAAGGUGUCCAAAAGCCAAACACGGCAAGGAUAAGCCUGGCUUCAAGAAGCAAAGGGGCUACAUCUCUUGGGGUGGCGAUUCCGGCGACGAAUCAACCGACCAAGAGGAGGACGAAGCUGCAAAUCUCUGCCUCAUGGCGCACGAAGAUCAAAACGACGACGUCCAAGAGGACAAGAGCAGGGCUGCCACCUCCGGGAAAUCAAAGUCCAAAUCUCGGGCGCCUACGUCAUCCUCCGAGGAGCGCCUCUACUAUGGCGACGGGUCAUACCUUUGGUUUGAUUUCGAGGAGGAGCGCACCCGUUUCCUCACCUUCUUCUCUAAACGGGUUGUAGCUCCCCCACGGAUCAUCCCGGAGCACUACCCGGAGUUGCAGGGCUAUGACGACCUAGACGCACAGCUUCAUCAAGCUGGCCUUUGGCCGUUCGUCUCCCGGGCUCGAAAGGAGAUCAACCCGGCGCUGAUCCGGACCUUCUACUCCAACCUCCGGCGUGAGGACGACGUGCUCUACUCGCUUGUCAAGAGCACGCCGAUUGAGCUCACCGUGGAGUAGCUUGGGCGCAUCGCCGGCCUCCCCUUCCAAGGCGACGAUGUGUCUCACUAUGGCGGAGAAGACUGGGUGCUCAACAACGAGGGUAAUAU